AAAGGGGUCUGAGCAAGACGCCUCAGUCUGAAAAGUGCUGUGUCACGUCAGCGGAAGGAAGCAUCCCAGAUCUUCUCAGCUGUCUUGGUGCCAGCCUUCCCAGUCUUCUUACCCACACUCAGCCAUCAUGCCUCGGGGUCAGAAGAAUAAGCUCCAUGCCCGUGAGAAACGCCAAGAGACCCAUGGUCAGCCGCAGGAUCUCACAGGUCCUCAGGCCACUGCAGAGAAGCAAGAAGAGUCCCACUCUUCCUCAUCCUCUUCUCAGGCUUGUCUGGGGACUCGUCGUAGGUCUUCUGAUGUCUCUGUUCCUCAGGAGUCUCAGGGAGUGUCACCCACUGGGUCUCCUGAUGCAGUCGUUUCAUGCUCAAAAUCUGAUGUGGCUGCCAAGGGCCAAGAUGAGAAAAGUGCAAGCACCUCCCCUGAAGCCUCCAUUCCUCAGGAGUCUCAGGGAGUUUCACCCACUGGCUCUCCUGAUGCAGGUAUUUCAUGCUCAAAAUCUGAUGUGGCUGCCAAGGGCCAAGAUGAGAAAAGUGCAAGCACCUCCCUUGAAGCCUCCAUUCCCCAGGAGUCUCAGGGAGCUUCACCCACUGGCUCUCCUGAUGCAGAUGUUUCAGGCUCAAAAUAUGAUGUGGCUGCCAAGGGUCAAGAUGAAGAAAGUGCAAGAGCCUCACAGAAAGCCAUCAUUUUUAAGCGCUUAAGCCAAGAUCCUCUAAAGAGGAAGUCGUGCGCAUUGGUGCAAUUGCUGCAGGAGAAGUUUGAGAAGAAAGAGUCCAUUUUGAAGGCAGACAUGCUGAAACGUAUUGGCAAGCGUUACAAGCACUACUUCCCUGAGAUCCUCAACAGAACCUCCGAACGUUUGGCGGUGGCCUUUGGCGUUGAAUUGAAAGAAAUGGAUUCCCGCGGCGAGUCCUACACCUUUGUUAGCAAGCUGGGUCUCUCCAGUGAAGGAAUUCUGAGUGAUGCUAACGGGCUGCAGAAGUCGGGUCUCCUGAUGUCGGUCCUGGCUGUGAUCUUCAUGAAAGGCAACCGUGCCACUGAAGAGGAGGUCUGGGAGUUCCUGAGUUGUUUGGGGAUCUAUGCUGGGAUGACACACGCAAUCUAUGGGGAUCCCCAGAAGCUCAUUACUGAAGAUUUGGUGCAAGAUAAGUACGUGGUUUACCGGCAGGUGCCCAACAGUGAUCCUCCAUGCUAUGAGUUCCUUUGGGGUCCACGAGCCCAUGCUGAAACCACCAAGAUGAGAGUCCUGCAUGUUUUGGCCAAGAGCAAUAACAGCAGCCCUGGUUUAUACCCACAUCUGUAUGAAGAUGCUUUGAUGGAUGAGGUAGAGAGAGCAUUGAGACUGAGAGAUUAAGGCAGAACUGGCACUAUUCCCUUGGCCAGGG